AUGAGCACGUCGGGCACGGACGCCGUCGCGGUCGCCGUGGCGCCGGCGAAGCGCCCGCCCAUCAACAAGUACGCCUGCGCCUGCGCCCUGCUCGCCUCCAUGAACUCUGUCCUCCUCGGCUAUGGUAGGUUCGGUUGUGCCCACUGUUCUUCGUUGGUCGGCCAUCGAUACGAUCGAGCAGACAUCUCGGUGAUGAGCGGCGCGCAGCUGUUCAUGAAGGAGGACCUCAAGAUCACGGACACGCAGAUCGAGAUCCUCGCCGGCGUCAUCAACAUCUACUCACUGUUCGGCUCCCUCGCCGCGGGCCUCACCUCCGACUGGCUCGGACGCCGCUACACCAUGGUGCUGGCGGCCGCCAUCUUCUUCACGGGCGCGCUCCUCAUGGGCCUGGCCCCGGACUACGGGCUCCUCAUGGUGGGCCGCUUCGUGGCCGGCAUCGGCGUCGGCUUCGCGCUCAUGAUCGCCCCCGUGUACACCGCCGAGGUGGCGCCCACGUCGGCGCGCGGCUUCCUCACCUCCUUCCCGGAGGUGUUCAACAACUUCGGCAUCCUCCUCGGGUACGUCUCCAACUUCGCCUUCGCGCGCCUGCCCGUGCACCUCAGCUGGCGCGCCAUGUUCCUGGUCGGCGCCGUGCCGCCGGUCUUCCUCGGCGUCGCCGUACUCGCCAUGCCGGAGUCGCCACGCUGGCUUGUCAUGCGGGGCCGCAUCGACGACGCGCGCCGUGUACUGCAGAAGACCUCCGACUCCCCCGCCGAGGCCGAGGAGCGCCUGCUCGACAUCAAGAAGGUGGUCGGCAUCCCCGAGGGCGUGUCCAACGCCGACGACGUGGCCGCCAUCGUCCGCGCCAACAACAAGCAGGGCUCGCGCCACGACGGGGUGUGGAAGGAGCUGCUCAUCAACCCUUCCCGCCCCGUGCGCCGCAUGCUCAUGGCCGGGCUGGGCCUCAUGUUCAUCCAGCAGGCCACGGGCGUGGACUGCGUGGUCAUGUACAGCCCGCGGGUGUUCGAGCGGGCGGGCAUCAAGUCCAAGACCAACUCGCUGGGCGCGUCCAUGGCGGUGGGCGCGUGCAAGACCUUCUUCAUACCCAUCUCCACGCUGCUCCUGGACCGCAUCGGCCGGCGCCCGCUGCUGCUGGCGAGCGGCGGCGGGAUGGCCAUCUUCCUCUUCACGCUGGCCACGUCCCUGCACAUGAUGGACCGGCGCCCCGAGGGGGAGGCCACGGCGCUGGGCGCGGUCAGCAUCGCCGCCAUGCUGUCGUUCGUGGCGUCGUUCGCGUCCGGCCUGGGCCCCGUCGCCUGGGUCUACUGCUCCGAGAUCUACCCGCUGCGGCUGCGCGCGCAGGCCGCCGCCAUCGGCACGGGGCUCAACAGGAUCAUGAGCGGCGCCACCACCAUGUCCUUCCUCUCGCUCUCCAACACCAUCACCAUCGCCGGAAGCUUCUACCUCUACGCCUGCAUCGCCGCCGCAGGGUGGGUGUUCAUGUACUUCUUCCUGCCAGAGACGAUGGGCAAGAGCCUGGAGGACACCGUGAAGCUCUUCGGCAAGGACGCGGACGACGAGGACGUCGGCGACAGCCGUCGUCACGGGCCCAGUCAGAAGCCCUCCACUGAGCUGAGUGCUCAGCAGUGA